UCUUCUCCCAUCCACGCUCUUCUCCCUCCUCUCUCUUUGUGUCUCGGUCUCGACCUUUCCUAGCGGCGACGACAGGGCGAGUGGCGCCGCCCUCCAGUUCCUCCUCGGGCGCUUCGCCGGCGACGGGCAUCCGACAGGGUAAAGUAAGUUCAAGGAAGCAAGGAAAAGGGGGAGCGCCAUGGAGAAAGGGGACGUGCUAGUGGACCUCGACAAGCUUCCCAUCAAGCGCCUGGAGGCCAUCGACGAGGCUGGCAACGAGCACUAUCCACCGGAUACCAGCAACGAGGAGCAGCGCCUUGCAGCCAUCCGCCGGAUUGACUUCUCCUGGGUCAUCGAGAAGGAUGCCAAGAAGGCCAAGAAAGCAGCUGAGGCCGACACCGCUCAGCAGGCAUGGCCGUGGCAGGGCCUCAUGGAGAGCCUGCAGCAGGCACAGCAGGAGCUCUCUGUUGUCAUUGACCUCAUUGGCACGGUUGAGGCAAAUGAUGCUGUGGCUGUCGCCUCGACAACGAAGCCCAAGUCGCAGCCAAAUGAAAUACUAGUUGACAUGGCAGUCUCUGCCGCCACCAAGCUCCAGCGCCUUCGGCAUUUGUCAAGGUACUUCAAACAAUCAGCCAAGACGAUGGAGCAACAAUUUCAAAAGGAGACUAGGUUCUAUAAUUCAUUGAUAAGACUGCAGCAGAACUGGAAAGUGAAGCGGCAACGGGUUGUUGGGAGUGGUCCAGGAAGUGAGGGUUUCUUGUUUGAUCUAGUCGAUAGUUAUCAGUUAGACACAACAACAAUGCCUCGAAUAUCACCAUUAUCUUUAGUUCCAAUUGAUCAAGACUCUACAGGCACUUUGUCUGUACAAAUUCCACAGAAGUCUUUCCGUUCCUUGAGCCUUCAAUUUUAUGGAGAUAGCACCAAUAGCGCAGAAAGCAGUGCUAGUAAAAAGAAAGAAGGCACUUUAAGCAGCACUUCUUCUGAAGCCGAAAAGGAUUCUUUGGAGAAUGAUGAUGUCAAUAAGUCUGUUAAACAAGCACAUUCCAUCCUUCGUGACAUCCACAAGACCAUAUUUGAGGAGCAGGUAUUUGAUAUGGUGAUCCGCGAGACAUUUACCCAAUCUCAAGGCAUCAAUGUUACUGGAAUGUGCGAAGAUUUUCUCCAGUUAGCAAUUGGCCAGGAGUGUUCAUUGUGUCUUUCACUUGUGCCCUUUGGACAGAACAGCGAUUCAGAAACAGUAGGUCAGGAAGAUCAUAUGGACACGGAGUAUUCUGGAGAUCUUGCAGUAGCCACUGUAAAUGGGAAGCAUGAUUCUUUAAACAAGGAUUUGAGAAGAUUUCCUAACCCAAAAAGUUUAGAAAUUUACUUGUUACAUAUGUUCCAUGAGAACAUUGUAAGAAAAAUCAGGGAGAAAUCACGUCUUGUUGUUCGCUACCAGAGUCCUGCUCUGGCUGCUCCUGAAGAAUGUGGCCUGCUCGGUCAUUUCUGCAUGACAGUGGCUCACAAGAUAUUUUCUAAUAAAGUACAUUUGGAGCUGGAGAGUGUGGUUAGUAGGGUUCCUUAUCUUCAUCUGUGUUCUCUUCCUACGUGGCAUUCUCGAACAUCUUCCUGGUCUCUCUGCUUGAAAGUUCCUCAGCCUAUCCUGGCUGCUGAUCAAAUCACAAAGCCUUCAGAUAAUAACGAGCCUAAAUACAAAUCCAGGUCGCAAUUUAAUACAAAGGUGAUCUUGAAAGAUGGCCAAAUUCGUUUAAUGGGUGAGGGCUCUCCAAGCAUUGCUGGAUCAUUGACUGGGAAGCCAUCUGAUGGACGUUUAAUAAAUUGUUACAAUUGUGACUUGGAAGACCUCCCAAUGAUGCUUCUGCAGCAGGUUGCCAGCCAAGUGAUCCACUGGCUUCAUGAAGAAGCUAUGGUUCUCGGGAUGAAUGUGACCAGAGAUUUCCUGUGCCUUUACUUCGAUCUUGACCAAGGCGAAACGCUUGGCCUAGUGGCACAUGUUGAUCCAGAUGAUGCCUAUGGGUGCAUCUCCUGGUACCUCACCGUUGAUCACCCGACGGAGGAGGGAAAGAUGCCAGCUGAUAAUCAGGAGUUGGAUAAGCGUAGGUUUUUGGGGUACCUUUCUCUGGAAGUGUUGUACUCUACCCUGAUGGACCUGAUAAAAAUGUGCAGCACAGGUGUCCAGCACUAAGACAGCUAGGUCCGAUCAGAUUUGUGCCCCUUGAUCUACUUAAGCUGAUUAAAUGAUGUGUAUUCGUGUUGUAUUUGAGAGCAUGUAAAUCUUCGGGAUUUUGUGUGCCUUUGUUAAGUGAUAAUGAUAAUGUGUUAGCCUUUUUUUA